AUGGCUCCCUCUCUCGCUUCCAACAUCACCAUUUUCGAAGAUGCCACCUACGCAUCCCUGCUAGCCAAACUGCGAGAGCCCAGCCUGCCCUCGUCAGAAGUGCGCUCGCUCGUCGCCCAGCUCACCACCCUCCUGGCACAAUCAACCAAGCUCGGCGUAGAGAGCACCGAGACCCUCGCUGUGGUGGUAGUGCUGCGCUCCGGCCUGUCCAUGUUCGAGCCCCUCAUGGCGACAAUCCCCAAGAUCCCCACCGUCACCUACCACCUGGGCAUCUUCCGCGACAAGCACAAUCUGCAGCCAGUAGAGUACUACAACAAGCUGCCCCCGAAGCCAGUCAGCGUGCGCAAGGCAGUGGUGAUCGACCCCGUCAUCGCGACGGGUGGCACCGCGGCUGCCGUGGUGAACAUCCUGAAGGAUUGGGGUAUUGAGGAAAUCACAUUCCUGUCGAUUCUGGCCAGUCGGGGGGGCGCACAGCGGGUGGCCGAUGUGUGGCCCGAGUCGACCAAGUUUAUCCUCGGGGCGGUUGAUGCGGAGGUAGAUGCGAAGGGAUAUAUCCAGCCGGGAGUGGGGGAUAUUGGGGAUCGAUUGUUUGGUACCGAUUUAAAGUAG